GGGUCAACACUAAAAUAUAAAGUCAGUGUGUUUGUUUGGACCCCAGAAGACAGUGGUGCAUGACUUAAGGGAGAAUCAAAUCACAUUUGGCUUCUUAUCCUAUACAUUUCUCUAAUAUCUAUUCUCCACCCUAUUUGGAAGUCAUUUUAACUACAAAAUAGAAUUUCAAGCCAAGCAGUCACCUUAACUGAAAUUGAAAUUACAAUGAGAAAUAACAUGGCUCACCAAGUUGGCCGUGGAUGCUUUUUAACAUCUUUGAUCUGGACUAUAUUGUUCUUUAUUUAUUUAAAUUAUAUCCAAGUGAACCAACUUCUCAAGAAUGUGCCCCACAAUGGUGCUGGAACCCAUCAGAUAUUUCCUACAAAAUUCUCUUCCAGUUUUUCCAACUUCCCAAAGCAAAUAAGGCCACAGUUAAAAAUCAAUGAUGUUGAGAAUAAGUUAGAUCAGGAUAUUAAAGCCACAAAUAACAUAGUGAUUUCUCCUGAACUGGAUAAAAUUUAUUAUGAAAACAUUCAGAACAUCAGAGACUUGGGCUUCAAGCAGCAUGGUUUCAACGUACUUAUCAGUAACCAAUUGAGCUAUCAUAGAGAAGUGCCAGAUACAAGGAGCAUGGAGUGUAAAGGCAAGUCUUAUCCCUCCUCUCUGCCGACUGCCAGCGUUAUCAUUUGUUUCCACAAUGAAGUCCUUUCUGUCUUGCUUCGGACAGUACAUAGUGUCAUUGAUCAUACUCCACCGCAUCUCCUUCAUGAAAUUAUUUUGAUAGAUGACCACAGUGAAUUUGAUUAUUUGAAAGAAGACCUACAUAAGUAUAUCAAAGAAAAUUUUCCUGAAAAUGUUAAAUUAAUAAGAAAUUAUAAACGAGAGGGAUUGAUUCGAGGAAGAAUGAUUGGCGCAACUAAUGCUACAGGAGAAGUUCUUGUGUUCCUAGACAGCCAUUGUGAGAUGAAUAAAAUGUGGCUCCAGCCCUUAUUGUUUGCCAUCCAAAAAGACUACAGAAUGGUGGUGUGCCCUCUAAUUGAUGCAAUCAAUGCUUACACUCUGAAGUAUAAGCCAUCUCCUAUCCUGCGUGGAGGGUUCACCUGGAAUCUACACUUCAAAUGGGAGCUUAUCCCUUCAUCUAAUUUACUAGGACCAGAAGGCAUUGCUGCACCAAUAAAAUCUGGAUGUGUGGGGGAAAGCUCUUCAUCAUUCCUUGCUCUAGAGUUGGCCACAUUUCUCGGAAAAUGUUCUCACACAAAGCUCAGGAAUUUAUGGCCUCUUUGCAGUAUAAUUCUCUGCGACUGGCACAUGUUUGGAUGGAUGAAUAUAAGGAACAUUUUUUUUUUAAAAAGACCUGAUCUGAGGAGGAAAGGAUAUGGAAACAUCAGUGAACGUGUUGAAUUGAGAAAAACACUGGGUUGCAAAUCAUUUCAGUGGUAUUUGGAUAACAUCUAUCCAGAAUUGGAGAUAUUUCCACUCCCUGCUAAAGAAAAUUAACCUUUCUGAAUGAAGAGGAAAUCAAAAUGACCUUAGAUUCUGCAACAUAGAAGAAUGAGAAAAUAAUCCUAUCAGGGAGCUUCCUGUGUGUUUUGAAAGAUAUGAAAUGCCUGAAA